UCUCACAUCCGUUCUUCUGCGCACUGCACACACCGUCUGCCUCACAGGUUUUGGUCAUUGCUCAGUGGCAUUUGGAUGAUCGGUCAUGGGGCAUGGUCGUGGAUCGGGUGGCUGGGUGGCUGUUGCCGUGGUGGGGAUCGUGGUUGGGAUUGGGUUUGGGAUCCCUGAGGUGCGGGCUGACCCGCCGGCCGGCUACGACUGGCAUGUUUUUCCAGCGAUGACAGACGACUUUGAGGGGCAGCAGCUCAACACCACCAAGUGGCUGGAUCACAACCCUGAAUGGCAAGGUCGCCUACCCGGCCUCUUCAAUGCCUCCAACGUCAAGGUGUCCAACGGCACUUUACAGCUGUGGGCCCGGAAUGCCAAUAUUACAGACCCCAGCCUCCGCCAGCAGGGCUAUGCCAACUUUACUACCAGCGCUGUCCAGAGCACAACCCUUGUCCGGUAUGGCUACUUUGAGAUCCGCUCCCGCGUAGGCACCUCUCGCGUGUCCAGCUCCUUCUGGUUUUACCACAACAACGGCACAGAAUGGACCGAGAUCGACGUCUUUGAAAUGACGGGUGAAAAUGCAGACCAGCCCCUUCCAUACCAGGACACAAUGCACACCCACAUCUUCCAGCUUCCCAAUACCGCUCCCGCAGACAUUCCUGCCAAGUGCCACUGCCAACUCCCCACCUCUGCUGCACCUCAACAGCCUGCGCCCACCAUGAAACUCAAGGACGCUGCUUCAUGUCAGCGGUACAACAUUACGACGGCAGCCACUCCUUUUGAUGCUGACUUUCAUGUCUUUUCUCUCCUCUGGACUCCAACCGUGCUUGAAUAUGCCGUGGAUGGUGCCGUGUGGUGGUCCAUACCCAACUACUGCAUGCAUCAACCCUUAACCCUGAACUUUGACCGGGAAACCAUGCCCGACUGGUUUGGCCUGCCCGAGCCCACCCAUCUACCCGAUCGCCCCUUUGAAGUUGACUACGUCCAUGCAUGGCAAGCCUCCCGAUAUCCCCAGUCCUAAGCAUGGUGGAUGAGCCCACGCGUUCGACUCGCAUGAAGACACAACGGCUAAGCAGUAUAGUGGGGGCUAAAUUUUCUCGAUAUGGCCAAGCAGGUGGCCCCAAUUGAAUAGCGGGCGUCGAGCCCAAGAAAAGC